GUUCGCAGUUCGCAGUUCGCAAACUGUAAAGACCAAGCGAAUCGCGGCACGUGACAAGUCGGCAAAAACUACUGGGAAUUUUUCGAGCCUAGCGCAUUUCACGGGCAUCCCACGACGAAAAAAAUAAUCCUGGGAGCUUCUGAAAAUUUGUGGAAGCUUAACUUUCAACCCAACAAGUCAACCACCAACAACGACAACAUUAUAUCGACAAGAUGUCUGCCGUCGAUUAUCUUCUCCAUGAGUCGGCCACUGGUUUCGCAAUCUUCCAGGUUGUGCACCAGGCUGACACAAUUGGCAAUCGAUUAAAGGAAGUUCAAGAUGCAGGUCAGGAUCUGGCGAAAUUUGGCAAAAUGGUCAAGCUUGUCAAUUUUGCGCCAUACAGAAAUGCUGCUGAGGCGCUCGAAAACAUCAACAUGAUCUCCGAGGGUGUACUGUCCGACUACUUGAAGUCGAACUUGGAAUUGAACAUGCCAAAGCCAUCGAAGAAGAAGAAGACCAUUCUCGGUGUUUCCGACAAGACCUUGGCUGGUAGCAUCAAGGAGGAAUUCCCAGGUGUUUCUUGUGAGACUGGUGAAACUUCCGAGGUUGUCGCAGACUUGCUCAGAGGAUUGCGAUUACACGCCCCAAAGUUGUUGAAGGGUUUACAAGAGGGUGAUGUCGAGAGAGCUCAAUUGGGUCUUGGACACGCAUAUUCGCGCGCUAAGGUUAAGUUCUCAGUCCAGAAGAACGAUAACCACAUUAUUCAAGCUAUCGCUACUUUGGAUCAUCUCGACAAGGCCGUCAACACUUUCUCCAUGCGUGUCCGUGAAUGGUACGGAUGGCACUUCCCAGAACUUGUCCGACUCGUCUCGGAUAAUCACACAUAUGCCAAACUUGCUUUGGCAAUUGGUAACAAGAAGAACUUGACCGACGAAGAUUUACACGACAUUGCCGCCCUUGUUGACGAUGAUGGAGAUAAGGCGCAAUCGAUCAUUGAUGCUGCAAAGGUUUCUAUGGGUCAAGAUAUCUCAGUCAACGAUAUGGAGAAUGUUUCCGCAUUUGCAAACCGUGUUGUCAAGCUCGCCGAAUACAGAAGGUCCCUUUUCCAAUACUUGACCGAUAAAAUGGCGAUUGUUGCACCUAACUUGGCCGCUUUGAUUGGUGAAGUUGUUGCCGCCAGACUCAUCUCUCACGCCGGUUCCCUUACCAAUCUUUCAAAAUACCCAGCCUCCACUGUCCAAAUUCUCGGCGCUGAGAAGGCCUUGUUCAGAGCACUCAAGACCAAGGGUAACACACCUAAAUAUGGAUUGAUCUACCACUCCAGCUUCAUUGGUCGUGCAGGUGCAAAGAACAAGGGACGUAUCUCCAGAUUUUUGGCCAACAAGUGCAGUAUUGCAAGCAGAAUCGAUAACUUCUCGGAGGCACCAACCAACAAAUUCGGUGAGGCUUUGAGAGCUCAAGUCGAAGAGAGAUUAGAUUUCUAUGCUACUGGUACCGCACCAACAAAGAACCAAGAUGCUAUGAAAAAAGCAAUGGAUGCUGUUCUCGGUGACAUCAACGUUGAAGACCCAACUGCCGAAGAUACUGAAAUGGCUGACAUCGCCCCAACUUCCGUCUCCAAGCAGGAGAAGAAAUCCAAAGACAAGAAGGAGAAGAAGGACAAGAGCGAAAAGAGUGAGAAGAAGGACAAAAAGCGUAGACACAGUGAAGCCAACGGAGAAGAAGAGGGCGAGAAGAAGAAGAAGAAGAAGAGCAAGGCGGAAUAAAUGUCGCCUUCAUCAUUGUAAACAUGGUUUAGACGUCCUUCUCCUUUUCUUUCUUUCUCCUAUCAUCUCAUCUUGUAAAUUUCGGGCAGCUGGGUCAUCAAUGGCGGAGUAUAGCUGUGUUAUUAUGGGCGUUGAGGACUACUUUUUUGUUAACAAUCUUACCGUAGAAGCUCUGGCUUGUGGUGGUAUUUUAUAUGGCUUGGCUAGACACUAUGAGGUGCAUAAAAUUGGAAAAAAGCAUAUAACUCAUUACUUCUACGGAUGAUCUCUCUUUGUCAUGUGGCAUGAACGUAAUCUAGGAGUAUCA